GUGUUAGCUCUCAGCAAACCUUUCAUUCUAAUAAAGACUCGACAAGGUAAACGACAGAAAAUUACGAACACUGAAAUUAUUAAUGCUGCAACACGCAGAAACGAACCUGUGCAAUAAUGCCAUUUACGAAAAGAAAAAUGAUAGAAUUUACACGGAUAUUGACUUUGAUCCUAAUUGUAUUACCAAUGGUGUCAGCGAAUGUCGACUGUGGUGGAAAAGCUUUCCACUGCGUAAAUAUAACGCAUUUCAUGAUAUGUGUGGAUUUAGGUGGAGGUGUUACAAGUACGAUAGACACUUUUGUUAUACCGUGUCCGUUAUCUACUGAGUGUCGAAGAACUAACCGUUACGAAUGUGAAUUUCCAAAGCCAGUGACAUUAGAGAAAAUUAGUGUACCCGAAGUAAAUGUGUUUCCGGCAGUCGCCACAUAUUCCGCCACAUCAAUCGAUGGCUCAUCAAGUGUAGCUGAGUUUUCACAAUAUGUGACAGGUAGUAGUGAUCCUAGUAUGACGGAACUUCCAAAAGUCGCCAUUGAUACUAAAGUAGCUAAAUCUGAUUUCUUAGAAUCAUCGACAGUCAGUGCAACAAGCACAACUGAUUUUUCUCAUAUAUUUAUAAAUAUCAAUAUUAAAAAUCAAACAGAGAGUGACCAAACUUCAACAAAUACUGAUGUGCCGUACACAACGGAAUUUUUCCAAGUUUCUACAAAUACGAGCAUAUUAAACAAUUCAUUCCAAAAUCUAGUAGAUAACAAUUUAUCAAAUAUAAACGAUUUAAAAAACAACACAGUAUAUAAUGAUAUAAACACUAUGACAGAGCAUCGGGAUUACAUAGAAAUAUCAACUGACACUAACCUAUCGAAUAGAAAUAUGACGACAUCUGAAAUUACAAAUUUAUUUUUUCAUAAUUCAACAGAUUCUGAAACGCGUAACGAAAGUGAUUAUUUACAAGACCGGGUAACUUAUAGCGAACCAAAUAAAUCGGAGCCUUUUGAAAGUUUACUCAGUACGCCAACUACAACAGAUUUUUACAAAAUACAAACUGAUAUCAUUACACAUAAUACAACUCAACGUUUAGAAGUUCCGACAGAGUCAAGCGUUCUAAUAACAUCGAUGACUCCUUUAAAACUAGCUGAUGCUAAAAUAUUAAAUACAAUUCCACAUUCUCAAACCAUAACCGAUGAAAAAAUCAGUAUAAAGACUGAACUUUUAGAAACAGAAACAGAUACAAUUACAACAAAAUCUGACAGCUUUCAAGAAAUAGCGGAAAUCAGUCUACUAGAUAUAAAUUACCAUUUUCAAACUACUACAGACACCAAUGUACUUAAUAAAACUGAACAUUAUCAGUCCCCAAAUGAUUCAUACAAUAAAAAUGAGCCUUUACUAGACUUUAAAGAUGAGGAAGUAACACAGUCUGAGAUCUCUCAAAAGUCACAGGGAAUAAGUAUAACGAGUACAAACGAGUUAUUUCAAACAACAACAGAUAACAUUGCAGUGACAAAUAAGCCAUCGUAUCAAUUCUUAUUAGAUACUAUUAUAAAUGUCGAGGUUUCAGAAAUAGCAACAGAUAGCUUAUUAAAUUUAUCAGAGAAUAUUCAAGAGUUAACUAAAGUUACUACACCGCGUAUAACUGAGUAUUUAGAAACUACGUCUAACUCCAAAGUGACGAAUGAAACUAAGCCAUAUCAAUAUUCAAUCGAUUUUACAAGAUAUAAUAAUACUGAGCCUAUAGAAAUGGCAUCAAGUACUAACAUAUCAAACAUAACAGAAAUUAAAGCUUCUCCUGGAGUCAGUGUAUUGAGUACAACUGAAAAUUUUCAAAGUUCGACAGAUACCAGUUUACCCUUUGACAAUAAGUUUCCACAACAGAAUGAGGUAAUUAACACCGACAAAGUAUUUCAAUCCUUAUCAGAUUUAAACAUAAUCGAACACAGUAUAAGCAAAGAUAUUAAAUCACCAAUAGAGAUCGAUACAACUCGGUCUACAGAAGCGUCAACAGUUUGGAAUGAAAAUAACGAUGCUGUCACAAAGCAAUUUCCAUGGCAAGAGCUUGAGAAUGUAUCAUCAACAUUAAAAAGAGUUAUUGAUCAAAUUGAAGAAACAACAACGACAAAUAUUAAUUUUGCUGAUACAACCAAUAUUGACUUUGUCACAGAAUAUAUUUUAAACAGAGAAUUAAAUCAAAAGACUACGAUACCAGCUGGUAUUAUAAAACCCACACUAGAAAAUGAAGCAGCAACGACUACAUCAACGCCAUCUUUUUAUGGAGUAACAGAUGACAAUUCAAAUUUUAAUGCAAGUAACAAGGUUGAAAUGCCUUUAUCAACUAGUCCUUUUGAUGCUUACUAUAAAGUACCAAACGGUGACAGAUUAAUAUAUACCACGGAAAAACAGUUUAGUACUUUUAGUCACGAGAUACCAACAGAAAAUUUCGUUGUAACUAAACAGACUCUAAUAAAUGACGUAAUAUCUAGUUUUGAUGAAGCAAAUAUAUUCACAAGUGAGAAGAAUUUAAGUCAAGAAAAAACUACAAAGAGUAAUAAUGUAAUUAACAUGGGGGAUGUUAACGUUUCAGGAAAUCUAAUGCUCAAUGUUAAUCAGAAAUCUAAAGAAACUGCUACUUUAAGUACAAUACAUUCAAACUCAUAUGCCACAGAAUCUUCAUUUUUCACAAAUAACCACAAAGGACACAACUUUGAAAUUAGUUCCACAAUAUCAUACACUACUGUCACUCCAUAUACAUAUGAUGACGUUACACAAAUUGAAAUUGAAAAUAUUGCUGAAAAACCACCUAUGUCGAGUAAUAAUGACAAUAUAGCAGGAAUUACUAGUACUGAGAAAUCAAAUAUUUUGGAUGUGUUAAAUAUUAAGACGUUAAGUAAUCUUAAUUAUUAUCCAUAUCUAAAUGCUAAUAACGAUUCUAUAAACCUGAUAUUCAAAAAUGAAAAUAUGUUUACAACUACGUCGUAUGAGAAUCGGACAACUGAAUUAAAUGACACUGGAAAUAUUCAAACUUCAGUUACUUCUAUUUUAGAUACCAAUUUAAAAAAUCCGACUACCAAUUUAGAAUUACUUUCAACGACCAAGGAUUUCCUUAAGCCAAAUUCAAAUACGCACGAAAAAGAGAAUAUUUCAUUUGCUACUUCAGAUACAGAAAAGUCUAUAAAAAAAUUGAACAUUAAUUCAAACUUAAGUACGCAAAUAACUUCAAUGUUCGGUAACUCAUUUUAUAUCAAUACAAUUCCGAAUACUCAGGUGACUACAAAAAAAUCUGAAUAUAUAGGAAAUAUUGAUGGUACCACUUCAAUAGGACAAUCUAGUGAUUAUAAAUCUAAUAUAGGCUAUAAAUAUGAUGUUACUGAAAGUACUGUAACCCUGAAUACUGAUGCACUUAACUACCAAACAUUGAAAGGAAGCACAGAUAAUAGUGCUAACUUUAUACUUCCACAAAUGAAUUUUAUAAAAUCUUCAACAGAAGUUUCUGAAAUAAAAAAACAAGAAAACGGUCAAGAUUUAGUUAAUAUGCAGCAUACAACUGAAAGAUUAACAGGUGAAAAAAAUGAAAAUAACUUGUUAGUCCAUAUUAUUCAAGCUACACCCAAUUUUUCUAUGUCUGGUUUUCAAACAGACAUAGAACAAAAUACUUUACCAUUAAAUAUAGACUUCACUACAUUUUUGCCACCCUUGGCAGACUUCAAACCAGGCGUCAAUGUCUCCGAAACUAAAACAUACAGCGAGGCACCAACGAAUAAAAUCUUUGACAAAUUAUUUUCAUCAGCUGAAAAUAAAUCAAAUAGUCAAAAUAACGAUCAUCAGUUAAAUGUUACCAAUUCUUAUUAUAGUAAUGUGAAUAGUACACAAUCUUUACAACACAAGAUCAAUACGGAACAAGAGAAUAAUAUAAUAUUUAAUGCUACUUAUAAAGUUCAAAUUAACCCACGGCAAAUCGUUAAUAAUAAUCCCGAUGCUAACAAGGCAGUAAAUAAGUCUACAAGCAAAUCAUAUUCAGGUCAUUUUAAUGUGAAUAGGAACACUACUUCAAAGACAUAUAUCUAUGACGUAAAUUCAAAGAAAACAACUAUAGAUCAUAUAAAAUCAUAUAAAACAAAUAACAAUAGUGAAGCAACACCUAUGAGUAACGCGCAAUCAGAACAAAAUAUACCAAGUGAUCUACCAUCACUUGGAAUUGUAAUAAAACAGCAUGGUAAAGAAUCAUUAUCUAUUGCAAAAACACCGGAACAACAACGAAAUUUAUUUGAAAAUCAUGAAAGUAAUAUAACUUUAUCAAGAAAUAUAGUCAAUAACUCUCUAAAUUCCCAAUUUCUAAAUAAUUCAGCGAUACCAUUAAAUACAAAUUUAACAAGUAAAAAAUAUAACCAAUCGAUUUCAAGAGACUCUCGCUUCAAUAUACUACAGCUAAGAGACAGUGUAGGCAAUUUAACAAAAUUACUAAAACCUAGUCGGCAGACUACCGGGAAUAACUACGAGACGAUAAAUAGAAAUACUUCGCAUAUUCCAGGAAAAAGACAAGGUAAUGUUACCAAAUUACAUUUCACCUGUAGGAACAGAAAUCGAGGGAGAUACUCUGAUGUUGAAGAUUGCAAUAUAUUCUACAUUUGUAUUGGAAAACUUGACCCUAUUAUAGGAAGAUGCCCAGCACAUACGGUUUUUAGUGACAUAAGAAAACAAUGUACUAAAAAUAUAUCACAUUGUAUUAGAGGGAGUGAAUUUAAAUGUACAAAGCCGGGGAGAUUUCUGGACAUUUUGAAAAGAAAUUUUUACUAUAUAUGCGUAAGAAAAAGAGAAAAAUUUCUUAAAUUCAAAUUCCAGUGUCUAAAUGGUUAUUAUUUAAAUGAAACGCUGGUCCAAUGUGUUAUAGAAACCCAGUCAGAAUCUCAACAUUCGAUAUCUUUUGAUAGUAAUGGUGAUUUAAGUAAUAUUAAUAAUGAAAAUACACCUAAAACAAAUAAGCGUGAAUUCUCAAAUAAAUCUCAAAAAGAAUUUAGCUGUGGUAAGGAAGGUAAGUUUGCAGAUGAAGAUGAUUGUAACAGAUACUAUGUUUGUACAAAAAAUAAAAAAUUUGAAUUUCGUAAACGUAAGAAGAAAUGUGAAAGCGAUGAAGUAUUUCAUAAAGAGAAGAAAACUUGUGUAGAUGCUGAUAGUUAUGAAUGUUGAUUGCACGUAAAUUAAUGAAUAAUAAACCAUUAUUUGUGUAUAUUUUUUUUAUAAUCAAAUUAAAUGUCCUUUGAGAAAUUAAAUCCGCUGUUUUAUUGACAAUUU